GGAUAAUUUCUGCUGCUGAAAACAGUUCACCCUGGGACUAAUAAAUAACGCAUUGGGCUUUCUGUCCUGGUCAGGUAGCAUCUUGGAAUUGUAACUUUAACCAAAGUUUUCUACAGUCGCCAACAUGGAUAUAAGUGCCCCCGAACUCUUGUCCUCGCAAAAGAGUGGCAGCUUCUUCCUCGCACCUCCGAAUCUAGUCUCCUCCAGUUUGCUCAGCAUUUCUGGAAGCACCAUGACGACCCUCGUCAAAUCCGUAACCGACGUCUAUGACGAAUAUAUGGCCAGUGGAGAUCCUCGUGUCACGAAUUGGUUUCUGAUGGAAAGUCCUGCUCCCACUUUCCUUUUGGUCAUCGCCUACGUUCUAUUUGUGAAAAAAAUUGGCCCUGCUUGGAUGAUGGACAAGAAGCCAUAUGACCUUAGGUAUCCUAUGUUCCUGUACAACUUUGUCCUCGUCUUAAGCAACCUUUAUCUAAUACUUGAGACCAUUUCCAUUCUAGCUGAACCUCCUUACAGUUUCACAUGUCGAUCAGACAACAAGGAAAAUGCAAUGAGGUUGGCAGUUUUAGGAUGGUGGUUUUAUUUCAUGAAAUUCGUUGAAUUUGCAGACACGAUCUUUUUCGUAUUGAGGAAGAAGAACAAACACAUCUCAACUCUUCAUGUGGUCCAUCAUGCUGUAGUACCUAUUGCAGUAUGGGGCGGCUUGAGAAUAGAACCAGGGAGCUACAAUUAUUUCUUCCCCUUCAUCAAUACGAUCGUUCACACAGUCAUGUACUCCUACUAUGGGUUGUCUGCCUUGGGACCAAGCGUGCAGAAGUACUUGUGGUGGAAGAAGCAUCUCACCACUUUCCAAAUAAUUCAAUUCGUAAUGGUUUUCUUCUAUGUGCUAACACUAAGCGUCACCAACUGUCAAGUUUCGAAGUUUAUCAUCUACCUGAACGUGUUCUUGGCCGGCCUGUUUCUCUUGAUGUUCUUGGAUUAUUUCCAUAACACAUACUUGAAGCAGAGGGCCGUCCAAAAGCAAAGAAUGUUGGAUGAGAAACUUCAUGCCGCUGCUCAGCUUAAGAAUAAAUUACUCAUCUCAAUCAACGAGCCAGAGAAUUCUAUCGAGAAGAAAAUUGGUUGA